AACUUGCCUGCCUGUUUCUUCCUGAAAUUCCCCCGGCCCAUCCCAGUGUCCCGGGCGUUUAUUCAGAAACUCCAGAGCUGAAUGGGAAUCCAACUCUUUGAUACCCGGCCUGCUUACGUGCUCCUCUGUGAACUGAUCACCCAGUUUGAGGUGUCCAAGGACCCGGACCCCAUACCCCUGAACCACAAUAUGUGCUUCUACACGGCCCUUCCCGACCAGCAGCACUGCUGUUUCCUGAACAAAGACACCUCCCUCCUGGAUGGACAGAGCCUGCAGGGCACCCUCGUCGGCAAGAUCGCCUUUCAGCACCCCAGCCGGGUCCCCGGUUUCCUCGGCCUCAUCCGGCACCAGGUGGCCUACAACACCCUGAUUGGGAGCUGCGUCAAGAAAACGAUUCCAAAAGAAGAUUCUCCCUGGAUCCUCCAGUUUGAGGUCAUCCCAUAUGUGACCACGAUCUUUGGCGGCCUGUAUGCUGGGAAGAUGGUGAUGGUGCAGGGGGCGGUCCCUCACGAAGCGGACAGGUUCCAGAUCGACUUUCAGUGUGGCUGCAGCCUGUGGCCCAGGCCGGACAUCGCCAUCCACUUUAACCCUCGCUUCCACACCUCUAAGCCCCACGUCGUCUGUAACACCCUUCAUGGGGGCCAGUGGCUGCAAGAGGCCAGGUGGCCCGGCCUGGGCCUGCAGAGAGGGGCCAGCUUUCUGCUCUUGUUCCUGUUUGAAAGGGAGGAAGUGAAGGUGAGCGUCAAUGGCCAGCAUUUUCUGCACUACACCUACCGGCUUCCUCUGCCCCACGUGGAUACCCUGGGCAUAUUUGGUGACAUCAUGGUGAAGGCAGUCGGAUUCCUGAACAGCAAUCCAUUUGUGGCCAGCAGACCAGACUAUCCCAUCGGACAUCCUCUCUUGUUGAAAAAUCCCAGAUUGCAGGUGCCGUUCUCUUGCCUUCUCCCUCAUGGCCUGGGGUCUGGGCAGGUGAUAAUUGUGCGGGGCCUUGUCUGUCAGGAGCCUAAAGAGUUCACACUGAGCCUUCAGGCUGACACUGUCCAUGAUCCUGUGGGGCUGCGAGCAGACUUCAGAGACCGGACAUUGGCCUGGACCGCCCAGCGGGGCCAGGAGAAGCGGCUCGGUCCUCCCUUCCUCUUCCAUCCCCAGCGCUUCUUUGAGGUGCUGCUGCUGGCUGAGGAGGGGCGCUGCAGGUUGGCAAUGAAUGGGAUUGCCCUGGGGGAGUUCAACCCUGGGUCACUGGGCCUCCAACAGCCCUUGGAGCUGCAGAUCCGUGGAAGCGUGGAACUCUACAGUGUCCAGUGCUGACUGUGCAUCCUGCCUAAGCCCCCAUCCCUUCUCAGCCACCCCUGUGACCCAAUGAGCAGAACAGAGACUCCUGCCCUGGCUGCCCCUUUGACCUAGCAGGGAGAGAGGAGACCCUAGUCCCUGCCCUUGGCCGCCCCAUGACCUGGCAGGAAAGUGGAGACUCCAGUCCCUGCCCCUGGCUGGCCCUGUGACCCAACGAGGAGAGCGGACACUUUAGCCCCAUCCCCUGUCCAUUCCUGAGACCCAGUGGGGAGAACAGAGGCUUUGGUCCCACCCCUGGAUGCCCCUGUGACCCAUUGAGGAGAGCGGAGACUCCAGGCCUUGCCCCAAGCCACCCUCAUGGCCCAGCAAAAAAUAAAAAAAAAUGAUGGCA